CCAGGAAAGAGGACAAGAAUAUGGCUUCAAAGCCAACCACUUUUCAUUUUUCAACAAGAUAAUACUCAUAGAUGAACCAUAUAAAUACAACACAACACUUGUUACAUUUUUAUUCCAAUAACGUUAUUUAACACGAAACACUUACAAAUUUAGUACAACGUUGUUUGAAACAAUAUGAAUCUCGAAGUUACAACUCUUGAAUCCGAUCUCGCUUUUCUCGAUUCAAUUCAACACUACCUUCUCAACGACCACCAUGACUUCAAUCCUCUCGCCGCCGUUACCGCAGCGUCUCACGGUGUCGCUGCCUCUUCUCCCACCAACAGCGGUAAUACUAGUAAUAGUUCAACGUCAACAACUCUUCAAUGUGACGCCGCCAACGCGCCUCUGGUAGAACGUGAAACUCACGCGCCUCCUUGUUGGCAGAAAUAUAAGGGAGUGAGGCGGAGGCCGUGGGGAAAGUUUGCAGCUGAAAUUAGAGAUCCGAAAAAGAACGGCGGAAGGGUGUGGCUUGGGACUUUUCAGUCGGCUGAGGAUGCGGCUUUGGCUUAUGAUCGAGCCGCUUUUAAUAUGCGUGGCUCAAAGGCUAAGGUUAAUUUUCCACAUUUGAUUGGCUCUGAUGUUUCGGAGCCGAUGGGAGUGACAGGUAAGCGGCGUGAGCUGGAGCCAUGUUCUCCAUCGCGGGUGGCUUUAGAGCCGAAAAGAAAAAUUAGCCGAGUUCGUAUCUAUAAAUAAUGCUACUUUAUUAUAAUCAUUGAUAUUUUUUUUUUCUGUUAUUUUACUUUUGUAAAAUUUUUCAUAUUUUAAUUU